AUGUUUUCAACGACAUCAUUACGGCAAUGUUCAUGGCUUGCCGCGGGUCUGUUCUGCUUGGCCGGUUUGCAGCCUGUUCUGGGUGUGCCGGUCGACCCCCUUUACGUCCUCGAUAGAGACACCAGCGUCAUCGAGCCGAGACUUAACCUCGACUUCCCAGACCCGGCACUGAUCCAGGCCGCCGACGGUCUGUGGUACUCCUUUGCGACCAGCGGCAACGGCAAGAAACUCCAAGUCGCCAAAGCCUCCCAGAUCUCGGGCUCGUGGGAGUGGCUCGACACCGAGCCCCUGCCGGAUGGCGGCUGGACGACCAACAGCAACACCUGGGCGCCGGACGUGAGGCGGCUGGACAACGGGUCCUACAUCAUGUACUACUCUGGCGAGGUCAAGGACGGCGGUGGCCGACACUGCAUCGGCGUGGGCAUUUCCGAAGACGUCACGGGGCCGUACAGACCGACCAAGGAGCCGUGGGUGUGUCCGUUCGACCAGGGCGGCGCCAUCGACGCCGCGGGCUUCUACGACGAAUCCAGCAAGAAGCGCUACGUGCUCUACAAGAUCGACGGGAACAACAUCGGCAACGGCGGCGACUGCAACAAUGGCGUCAAGCCGCUGGUUCCUACGCCGAUCAUGUUGCAAGAGGUCGAGGCCGACGGGAUCACCAAGAUUGGCGACCCGGUGCAGGUCCUGGAUAGGACGGACGCCGAUGGCCCGCUCGUCGAAGCGCCGGACCUGGUGCGGACCGACGACGGGCUGUAUAUCCUCUUCUUCAGCAGCUUCUGCUUCAACUCGGACAACUAUAACGUCAACUACGCGACGAGCAGGAACAUCAAGGGCCCCUACAGGCGGCCGUCGCGCAUGCUCCUCAAGACGGGCGACUUCAACCUCACGGCACCCGGGGGUGCCACCAGCGUCGCUGGCGGAGGGCAGAUGGUUUUCCACGGAAGAUGCCCGCAGGGCAGGUGCCUCUAUCAAACACAAUAUUCAGUCACCGGCCGAGAUGUAAUCAUCAGCUGA